UUGUCAACCAAUGAGCUUGUACCAAUGAUAACUAUUUAUCAUUGAUAUCAUCGGUAUUUAUUAUUGGUUACUAAAUUCUCCAUUGGUUAGAUUUAAAGGGGGUGAUUCAACCCUUAACAAAAUGGACAAUGUUAAUAAUGAAUUAAACAGUGACUUGAGCAAUACUUCCUUAACAAGAUCCAAUUAUAGUAGAAUUAUGGAAUCAAAUAAUGAUUUUGAUAGCAGUAGUGAUGAAAAUGUGGUAAAUUUAGCUGUUGAACGAAGAAGAAAUCGUAUUUCAAGAGUAAACAACAAGAUAAGCUUAGAAAAAAAAGAAACUUUAAUAAAACUAUAUGAAGAAGGUAAAAUAAUAGCCGAGGCAGCGCAAAUAUCAGAUGACUACGGAAGGCUGUGUGCUUCCCCGAGACAACCUACUUUUUUUCGAGGACUCCAUUUUGACUUAGAAAAUCAUAAACAAAUUUAUGUAAAAUGAAGUCAAAAGAAAAUUUUCUGUACACUUUAAGACA